AUGCUCCACGAGAUCCUGCUCUCCCUCUCCGGCCAACCCUCCCCCCUCUUCGGCUCCCAGACGGGAAAAGGUGCUGUCUCUCAAGAUGAUUUCCCUCUUCUCUCACCUCCGGAGAAAGUUCUCCUCGCAUCCGUUGCCCACCUGAGUCGACUCCACGCGGAGCUACGGGAACACGCCUCCGACAUUUCCUCCGUGAACCCAUCUGUCGUCUGCCGCUCAGUCUCUACUGCCAUUGUAGGGACACACCUAAGUGAAUUUCAGAAUAAAAUCUUGAAGGUCGAAAGGGCGAUUCUUGCCGAAGAUAGUGCAUAUGUGGGUGGCUACGGUAUCGUUCCAUUGUCCACUAUCGUUGGAGAAUUUUCACCCUGGACGCGGCGGAUGGAAUGGCUCUGGGAUAUCGUUCAAUUCAUUCAGCCUGAAAAGCAGAAGGGCGAACGCCCCAAUGGCUCCACCGGUGCAGCACUCAUCGAUCAUCUACGGACCGAAGCUCACACCGGGUAUCUUGAUAUAAAAAAGAUGGCCUUGCACUUAGGGAUAUCUGCAGAGACAGCAUGGAUGAAACAACUUUCCAUGUGGCUUCUUUACGGAAACCUUCCCAUGUACGGCAAGAAUGACUUCUUCAUCCAGGAAGAUUUCGAAAGCGAAGGCCAUGAGACACAAUUCAGGAUAAGAAGCCACUUGCUUCCGAAAUUUGUUACGACACAAACGGCAGGCUCAAUAUUGUUCAUUGGUAAAUCGUUAAAUCAUAUCCGAGCAAAACGGAAGACUUCAAUAACGGGAGCUUCCACGGCGCCUGUGACGUUGUAUCGGGAACACAUAGAGCAACUGGCAGGUUUGAAAUCACCAAUGUCACCUGUGAAGCUAUCCUCUGCAGUUGAUUGCAUUCGUCUUUCCCUUUCUCAGUCAACCCUGUCUAAAUUAUUGCCACUUCCAAAAAUCCUGGAAAUCCUUGAUUUACUUCACGGGUUUCUUCUACUGGGGAAAGGCGAGUUUGCAAUUGCGUUGGUUUCACACGCAGAUGCUCGCCUUGAAGAGAGUCGACGCCGCGGCUUAACGUUGGCCCGUAAUGGGCCAUCUGGGAAACUUGACGGCUUUGCCAUCAAAGAAGGGGAUGUUGCAACUGCCUUGGUCCAGACAUGGGCGGAGCUGUUUGCUUUGCAGAAGGAAGAGGAUCAAGCCGAUGAUCUGCUUGAACUUGCUCGUGAUCUCCUCUCUAUCUCCAUCAUAAGUCGGGAGAAGGAACGUCCGAUGACUCCCGCUCAAAACACCAAUCCGAUAGCGGAUAUCUCGAAAGUAUCAUUUGAGGAUUUGCUUUUCCCGACACCCACACAACUUACAGCACAAAUCCGAGCUCCUCUGGACUUAUUCAUCUCGAGCUCAGAUGUCCUCAUAUACUCCAAGAUCCACUCUUACCUCCUGGGUAUCAGACGGGCUCAAAUCCGGCUUGGAGACCUUUGGAAACGCACAUCAUUACGCAGAAACCACCCUACUCCCUGGGGACCACCGCGAAGCAAUGGCGCCUUUGGUCAAGCCAGAUUAAAGGCAGGAAGGGAGAGAGAGAAUGCUCGUGUUCGCCAAAUGCGCCAAAUCUGGGCCACAAGUAGUGCGUGUCUCUUUGUGCUUUCAGAGAUAGGCACUUUCUUCCAAGGAGAGGUGGUCAAUGAAUCGUGGCAGCACCUUCGUGAUUGGAUCGAAGGAAGAUCUUCGCCAACAAAGUCAGCACCCAGUUCUCGACCUGGAACCGCAUCAUCUUCCAAGCCGCAACAAGACUCGGCGCCAAUUUCUUCCGAUAAUGGGUCCACCGGAGAUUCUCUCAAUCCUGGCUCACAAACCAUGGGACGGCACGAUCCUGAGGCUCUGACUGUUGCUCAUCGACGACACUUGGCCUCUCUCGUUCAAUCUCUAUUCCUAACCGAGUUACCAUUCACCAAUGCCCUGAGAGGCAUUCUCACGGAUAUUGACCGCUUUGUCGCACUUGUGAUCCGACUGGAAAGUAUUCAGCGUAAUAUGGACUUAGAAACCGACGAAGGUGUCGUGGAUUCCAUGAUUGACUAUGCCCAAGAAGAACGUGAGAUAUGGGAAAUGCUGCGCUCCACACGCAGCCACGUCGAAAGGGGCAUGAAAGACCUCGUUACGAGCCUGCGAAGCAUCGACGAUAGCCGAUCAGGAGAAGGACGGGGAUCCGUAGAUCUCGAAAGGGGCUUCGGCCAGCCGGGGCUCGGGUCCCAAGGAGAACACAGCACAGGGGCCAGUUUCAGUCAUUAUAUGCCCCGCAAACCUGCAGGUGUAGACAGACUACUCAUGAAGCUGGAUUUCGGCAGCCUUCGCAGUGGCUUCGGUGCCGAGAUGUCCGCGGGUCUGGCGGGUAUGCAAUAA